ACAAUUAACAGCAAAAGAUGUGGAAGCCUUCGCGUGUAAACAGGUUUUCCAUUUUCUUUCUCUCAUUCACCUGUGCGCGAGAGGCAGCAGCAGCAGAAGGUAAGAUCCUCAGCGACAGAAUUCUCUCUGCUUCUGCCCGUGGCAUUCAGUUUAGAUUUUGGAAGUCACGCAGGAUGACCACAGACGCGGAAUCUCGCAGUUGGUGUGAUAUUUAGCACUACCCGGACGAUCGUUUUGUGUCAUCAACGAGUUUCUUAUUUAGAAGCCGCCGCCACCACCUCUUUUAGUGCAGCUCGAGUGGAGAAUUUUUCAUUAGCAGUGAUUAGCAGAUAAUUUUGUGGCUAGAGAAUUUCCCGCGGGGUUCAGUUUAUAUUUUCGGGGGAUUUAUUGUGUGAUUGGAAGUGCUGUGGAGAUGGUGGAGAUGGCACUUGCACAGAAAGUUCGAAAAGUCCUCGGAUUUUGGAGGCACAUCACAGUGGAGCCACUGCUCCUGUGCUGGCUCCUACCCAGUUGCUUCCUCAUUGCUGCCAUGGAGAAUCUCGAAUUGGAAAAAUCCUGUCGUGUGAAUCUCGGCCUGGAGGACAUUGUGUGCACCAAUAUGAUCAACAAGACCAUCCACAACAUUGAUUGCACCGAAGUUACCCCACCGGAAGUGAAUGUGAUGAAUAAAACGGUCGAUGGGGAGGAGAAUCGAGCGGAAACAGUGCUUGUGAAUGAAGAUGGUGUUGUGAAUCUCGAUGUGCUCAAGGAGAGGGUUUGUGCAGCAGAGACAGAGAGUCAGAAGGUUGUGGCUCUCAUUAAGGGCUACCGUGCUCCCAUCUCUGCCAUCUUCCCCCUCAUCAUUGUCCUCUUUGCCGGGGGAUGGAGUGAUAAGAAGCGACUCCGGAAGCCCUGUAUGCUUCUUCCAGUCUUUGGGGAAUUUCUCGGAUGUCUCGCUCUCUUCAUCUCUGCCAUCUUCAUGCUGCAACUCCCGAUGGAAUUUGCGGGAAUUCUCGAGAAGCUCUUCCCCGCAAUGUGUGGAGGUUUCACCCUCAUGCUAAUGGGGGUGUACAGCUACAUUACUGAUAUAACUGCUGAGGAAGAUAGAACUUUCAGAUUCGGUGUCCUUGCGGUCUCCAUCUCCCUCAUCCCAAUCGCCGGAGUUCCCUGGAGUGGGUAUCUCUUUGAGAAGCUCGGCUAUAUCUAUCUCUUCUUGCUCUGCUUGGUCAUCUAUAUUGUUGGAAUUAUCUAUGCAUUGAUCUUCAUCAAAGAAAUCCCAGCACCGCAGCAACAGCAGCAGCCGCAGCAGGAGGAGAAGGGAGGGGAUACAAAUGGAGUAAAUCUCGAGAAUGGGCGUGAGCAGACAGUGCAGCAGGUGGUGAAGAAGAAUGCAAUUCUGGAGUUCUUUGAUCCAACACUCCUCAAGGAUUGCAUUGCCGUUGUAACGAAGAAGCGUGAAGGUAAUCGCCAGAUGAUGAUCAUCCUCCUGAUUGCGGCAUAUUUCACCUUCUUGGGACCCCCAUUGGGGGAAACUGACUUCAUCUACCCCUUCACGAGGAAGAAGUUCAACUGGCAAGCCACGGAGUACGUGCUCUUCCUCACCUACAGCACGUUUAUUGCUCUCGCGGGCACCGUCAUCAUGAUUAGCUUCGUGAGCAAGUACCUAAAGUGCUCAGAUCCCCUCAUUGGUGUCAUCUCCUCCAUUGGAACGGUCAUCUCCAAGCCAAUUCUCGCUUUUGCCGCCACAGGAGCUGUCUACUAUGCCGGAACCAUAAUAGAUCUCUUCCUUGGGUGCCGUCCCAUUGCCCUGAAGAGUAUCAUUUCCACCUUUGUGGAAGCCAAUGAGAUUGGUCGUGUCUACUCAAUUCUCGGCAUCAUGGAAUCCUUGGUGCAAUUUAUCUUUCCCGCCAUGUACAGUGCGGUGUACAUUAAUACCCUGGAGAACUUUGUGGGGGCUAUCUACCUUUUUGGGGAGAUCUUCUUCGUGCCCACACUCAUAAUAUUCAUUAUUCUCUACAUUCAGCACAAGAGAAAUUCCCGCGACCAAAAAUCCGACGAGGAGAAGAAUGACGCAAGCAGGACAAAUGGAGUGGCUCUUGAGGAAGAAUCCACGUACAUGUGAUCCUCCUGGAAUCUCUUGAUUUCCUUUUUUUUUUAAACAAGAAUAUCCUAUUUUUUAUCCUGAAUAAAAUACUCAAGUCUGCCGUUAAAA